AUGGCCUCCAAAGAUGUCCACACCCUAAUCUCCAGCAACUGUGGAUAUGUCACCUCCCAUGGCAAAAAGGAUUUUGUAGAUAUAAUCGAGGUAAAGAUCUUGAAAUGGGGAGAUGACCCCAGAUUGUCUGGGUGGAUCCAAACUAAACCCUAUUCUGAAUCUUACGUGUGCAGUGAUGUAACUCAGUUCCAUGGUCUGAAUGUCUCAUCUCCCCGCACGAAUUCAUACAGUGAAUUCCGAACCCCUGAUGGGAUAGGAUCAGGAGGUGGGCCUUUGGGAGAUGAAGAGGUCAUGAAGGUUCUGCUGGCCAGCAGCUUCGUGCCCAUUUAUGCAGGACUGAAACCAGUGGAAUACAAAGGGCAGAAGUGGGUAGAUGGAGGCCUCACGAACAGCCUUCCCAUCCUGCCCGUGGGCCGGACGGUGACGAUCUCGCCCUUCAGUGGACGACUGGACAUCUCCCCACGGGACAGAGGGCAGCUGGAUCUCUAUGUUACUGUCGCCAAUCAGGACAUAAUGUUGUCCGUGGCAAACUUGGUGAGGCUGAGCCAAGCCCUUUUCCCACCAAGCAAGAGGAAAAUGGAAUCACUCUAUCAACAUGGGUUUGAUGACACCAUUCAGUUUUUACUCAAAGAAAAUUGGUUUGAAUAGAAUGCUUACAAGUUGAUAAUGCAAAACAGACUUCAUACUUUUUUUUUUCCUUUUUUGUCCACAUAGUGGUUGAUGGAGGUUUCUAAUUAAAUCAUUAAAA